CUGUGUUGUUGCACUCUGCUGUCACAGGGGGCGCCAAUGAGUCGACGUACAAUGUUUUGAAGAGCACCAGAAGAAGAAGCGUUGCUACUGUAGUUUUCUUGUUGAAUGACACUAGAUCAAAGUUUUCAGUUUAUUUUAGAGUUAGUUUCUCUGCUUGGGAAAUACUUACCAUACUUUCUCGUAGAGUCGCAGCGUUUCUGACAUCUGACUGGCUGAACAAUGCGGGACCGAACAAAAGAAUUAGGAAAUAAGGCAGAGGCUUCAGAUGAGGACGAGGAGGAAAAAGCUCUCAUGAUCAAACCUGGAACCUCUUUAGCCAAAGAGGAGAAGGAGAAUGAUGCCUUCUUUAAAAAGGUGCAAGAAAUUCAUGAGUGGCUGCAGAGCCUCAAAAAGAUGGUGUCCAACCUCGAGAAUAAACAGAAAACUGUGCUGGGUGUGGCGCUGCCGGAGGAAAGUAUGAAGAAAGAGCUCCAGACUCAUCGAGAGCAGAUAAAAACGUUGGCAUGUCAGAUCGAGAAAAAACUGAAGAGUAUUGAACUGAAGAAAGGAGAGGAGGAUGGAAAAUAUAUACCCAUAAACGUUCGGAUGCAACGGACCCAGCACGGUGUCUUGUCAAGGGAGUUUGUGGAGUUGAUGGGUCACUGUAACACCAUCCAGGCGCAGUACAGAGACCGUAACGUGGAGAGAAUACAGAGGCAACUCAAAAUCACUGGGAACAACGUGACAGACUCGGAGCUGGAUGCGAUGCUCGAGAGCGGGCAGACGGAUGUUUUCACCCAAAAUAUCCUGAUCGAUGCUCAAGCCACGAAGCAGGCUCUGAAUGAGAUCGAGUCCCGACACGACGAGAUCCUGAAGCUGGAGCGGAGCAUCAGAGACCUGCACGAAAUGUUCCAGUACCUCGCCAUGGAGGUGGAUGCUCAGGGGGAAAUGGUGAACCAGAUUGAAACCAACAUCAGACAGUCGUCUAACUACGUGGAGAAAGCGAAGGAAAACACAGCGAAAGCAGUCACAUAUCAGCAGAAAGCACGCAAGAAAAAGAUCUGGAUAGCGAUCUGUUUGGCCAUCCUUAUCCUCAUCCUAGUCAUCUCAUUGGUCGCCACCUUCAGCACCUAACACCAGGCACUGAGCUGUUGGCUAUAGACUGGUUUAGCAGAAGCACAUCAAAAGAAAUCCCCUUGCAUGUACAUAAUUUCAGCCCACAGGAGGUCUGUUAUCAUUCCUGCUUUUUUUUUUUUUUUUCUUAUUUGUCUUCCUCUAAC